GAAUGACGAGCGACGAACGCCGAACGUUCGCGUGUUUUGACAGUGAACAGAAUGUCCCCUUUGAAAACAUAAAUAAAUGGCCACCGUUGUUAUUACGUUUUUCCUAUUUGCACGAUUUUAUGUUUGUAAAAUGGACGCCGACUCUACGGAGAGGCGGAGGGAACGAUACACGUCCCGAAGAGACCGGUGGAGUAUGAACUCACAACGGCUAGAGCAAAUCGUCGCGGAGCUGAUGAAACCCAUCAGCGACAUCCGCCGAAGCUUCGAUACAGACCUGAGCGCGCUCUUAGAGGAGUACUUGACGGAGGCGGGGCUCCACGCGCUAGAGGCGGGCGAGCGCGAGGAUAAUGAGGAGGAGGGACUUCCCGCCAAUGGCGUCCCCAACUUCGCGGAGCUGGCGCUGGUGCUGCAGCACUCUGCCUGCGUGUACGGACGGAAGGUCGACUUCCUGUACCAGCACGUGCUCAGCGUCAGCGACUCGCUGCAGCACAGCACGCAGGACGACGCGCCGCCCGACCAGCUGUCGCACGACAACUCGCACGUCGCCAAGCGCCGCCGCAGAGCCUCCGCGGCGUCCGGCGACUUCGUGCUCAUCGACCUGGAGCCCUGCCCCGGCGCCAGUCGCGAGCCCGACGCCCGCGUGCCGCCCACCCUGGCGCGCCACUACGUCGAGCUGGAGCCCCGCCCCACGGCUCUCUGGGAGCGCCCGCUCGUGGACUACCGGGGGGAGCCCAUCGGGCUGCCGGCCGACUUCUACGUCACUUGGAGGCUACAGAACGGAUUACUAGUGGACGAGCUGGUGUCCCCGUCGGGUCCUCGAACGGAGCCCCUGCGGCCCAUCUCUCUGGCAGAGCUGCAAGCUGCCAUCUUAGCGCACGGCCUUCCCUCUCCGGUGCGCACGUCCACACCCCUGAUGCUGGAGGCGCCGCCCCUCGAGCCGCCACCCAUCACUCCAGUCGUUGCCAAGAAUGAGAGGAAGCGGAGGAAUGAAGUCCAUAUAGAAGACAUCGCCGAGGGUUCCUUGAGACUCGUCAUCAGCAAUGAGCUGGGCGCGCGCCUGGCCGAGGUGGAGGAGUUCAGCGUCCGCGGCGGCUGGGUCUCGCGCGUCAUCCGGCGCCGGAAGCUGCGGCUGCUGCACCAGAGACACAAGUCACGGAAGGAGGAGGAAGACUUCACAGUGUUUCGCGGUUUUGACAUGGCGGAGGAGGACGUCGGAGGGUUCCCGGGCUGGAGCCGCCCCCCCGCCGCGGCCCUCCCGGCCACCCCGGCCCUCCCGCCCCCCCGCACCGCUGAGGACAGUGACGACGACGGGUUCUUCGAGCAGAGCUCCCUGGGCGACUCCGACUCCUCGCGGCUGGACGAGGAGCAGCGGCACGCGGAGGGCGGCUGGCGUGGCGCGCUAGACGUGCGCGGCGUGGCGGCGCGCGUGCUGGCGGCGUGCGGGCCCCGCGCGCUCCCCGCCGACGCACUGCUGGGCCGAGCGGCACCGCGCCCGCAGGACGUCUCCACCGUGCUGCUCGCCACGCUGUUCCUGGCCAACGCAGGCAACGUGGAAAUAAUUCAAGGUCCCCCGCUGAGCGUGAACUCGUUCUCAGUUCGGCUGCUGUCCACGGACCACACGCUCUACACGGCCGCUACACAACUUGAUCUCGACAAAAUAUCUCGGUGAACCCGAAUAACACACCGGCGGUAGAUACUACUGUUACGGAGCCGUGGGAAGCAUCUUGUGAACCACCUAAGAGUUCACAAGAAACUAGAGCUUAUUAAAUAAAAUAUUCUAGAUAAUUACCGUUUUAAGCACUCACAAUCCCUCUGAGCUGAUACAGUUCAUAACAAAAAUAAACUGAGGAAUUAAUUGAUUAUAACUUAUAACACUACUACACGCUACGUUCGUGCUCUGCGGUAAUCUGUUUUUAAAUAUUAUUGUAAUGCGUUUAGAUUUCAAUUACUUACAAAUACUGUUAAAAUAAUUGAUCGAUGGUUGUUUUCAAUUAACGUCGAGUGACAGAGAGGCUCAUAUCAAUUAUCCUAUAAUUUCAAAAAACGGUAGAAUUUUGUAAAUAAAAAAUUAAUGAAUCCAGAAAUUUAUAUUCCCAUAUACUAUAAUCGGACGUAUUUUGUUUUUGUUUUUAUAUAGAUUGUACUGUUUUAUUUAAAUCAAUAAUCCAUAUAUGUACAUAAUAUCAAUUGUAAAAAUUAAAUCUUGUAAAUAUGUGUGUAAAUGAAAUGUAAAUAGUUAUAAAUGUGAUACGAUGUCGCGUGCAGGGCACAGCUACUCGGGAACUGUAUGUACUUGCAGUUAGUUAGGUGCACACGGCCACAUGUCCGGGCGCGGCCGCCCUACAGGGGACGGAAAAUGCAAUAUCUCCACCCGGAAACAUAUACCUAUAAUGGUGAAAUGGAAGAAAUGCCUUCCUGUACCUUGAAUCUGUAUGUUUUGGGUACUAAUUGGAGCCGCACGAUGUGCAGCGCGCAUUACAUUCGUUUUACUGGUGGUAGGACCUCUUGUGAGUCCGCACGGGCAGGUACCACCACUAUUUCUGCCGUGAAGCAGUAAUGUGUUUCGGUUUGAAGGGUGGGGUAGCCGUUGUAACUAUACUGAGAUAACUUAUAUCCCAAGGUGGGUGGCGCAUUUACGUUGUAGAUGUCUAUGGGCUCCGUAAACUACUUAACACCAGGUGGGCUGUGAGCUCGUCCACCCAUCUAAGGCAUAAAAAAUAAAAAAAAUACUUAAUAAUUUUGAAGUAGAUGAUUGGCUAAACAGAUAUAAUCUGACCCAACACCGCAUAACCAUGAAGCCGUUAAUGACCGUACCAUCGCGCUGCGACCCCGGGACCCUGACCAGAUUCCCUUCACGUUAAAUAUUCUUUAAACUUUUUCCAAAACAUUUAAACAACUUCAACAACAAAAAGUUCUCAAUCAUGGACAAAUAUUUUUAUUAGUCAAAAAAAUUAGAUUUUAUUUUUGUAUUCAAAAUCAUGGUAACUAUUUUUGUAAACUAGUUUUUAAUACGAUCCAUUCUUGGUGCCUUAUUUUAUUUCAAGUAGGGCGCAUUAGAUCCGCGCACUGGAUUCAAACACUAGAUCCGCGCACUGGAUCCACGUACUAGAUGCGCGCACUGGAUCCACGCACUAGAUCCACGUACUAGAUGCGCAUACUAGAUCCGCCCACUGGAUCCACGCACUAAAUCCGCGCACUGGAACCACGCACUAGAUCCACGUACUAGAUCCAAGCACUAGAUCCGCAUACUAGCUCCGCCCACUGGAUCCACGCACUACAUCCGCGCACUAGAACCGCGCAGCCACGUGGCCGUACACUUCACAUUUGAAAACAUUUAACUAUGUUAUAAAAUAGUUUCUGUUAAUUUUAUCGAAAUUGAACUUAAUUUUGCUCAUUGAAGACGCUCGCACAGAAUUACUGUCGUUUAGAAAUUGUAAUGUAAUGUUAUGUAAAAUAAUCUUAACUUAAUUUUGCUGUGUUGAGCCGCCAGAGGCAGAUGUUUAUGCAGGUGAACUUUAAAAAAAACAAUUUUUUUGGAAUUUUAACUUUUGUAACAAUUGAGAGUUCAUGAAAAGAUACAUUAAAAAGCAUAAAACAUCAAAGAGGAGAAACAUUAAAGUGUUUUAAAAAUAAAUAAUACUAAACUGA